UCCUAUCCAAAAAAUUUAAAGAAUCUAUUCCUCUCUCCAAUAAUGAUAGAAGGCCAAAUGACACAAGAUCCAUUAAUUAAGGGAAAAUAUCAAACACACUAAGAAAUUUUAAUUACAAAUCUUAAUAUAUAUAUUUUUCUUGAUAGAGAUCUAAAGAAGAAUUAUUAUUAUAUUAUAUAAUAAACAUCCAAUAAUGUCUUAGAAAUUGAGUGGUUUCAAAUUAAAGAAAAUCAAUCCCAACCUAAAUUGGAUCAUUUUGGAAGAAAGAUGGGAUUUAUCAGUUGGUUUAAAAACAAAUUUGUCGAUCCCGUUGUAUUGGUUCUCCAAGGUGGUGCUGAACCAAAGCAGUUAUCUUUCUCUGCUGCUCUUGGAAUUACACUUGGAGUCUUUCCUAUUUGUGGUGUCACUGUGUUCCUAUGUGGGAUUGCUGUAACACUGCUUGGAUCCUUUGUUAACGCUCCCAUUUUGUUACUUGCAAACUUCAUUGCUACUCCCAUAGAAUUGAGUUUGAUCUUACCGUUUCUGCGCUUUGGUGAAUUUAUGACUGGUGCACCUCAUUUCACUUUAACAUCCGAUGUUUUAAAGAAAAUUCUUACCGGCCAAGCUUCAAGUCAAGUCCUACUAAGCAUUGUCAACGCGUUAUUAGGGUGGCUAGUUGCAUCACCAUUUAUUUUGGGAAGUCUUUACAUGAUGUUUAUACCAUGCUUCAAACUUCUAGUUCGAAGACUAAGCAGUCCUCCUUCGAGUCCAAAGAUGCCACUCCAACCGCGGUCUGAAUUUGGUUUGAAGGUAUGGGAUAUAUGACAAAUAAUCGCUACAUUUGUACUCAUCGAGAGUGAUCAAUCAUUCACAUGUUGUCUUGUUUAACUGUUUCUCAGUGAAACAACAUAUAUAGCUAUGCAAAAACAGUACUCAAUAUACUGACAAUGUAAAAAAGUUUUACACACGUAUUCGAUACGGACAAGUGACUCUCAAGUGGUUGAUUUGUUUGAAGAUGUACAUACUUGACUCAUGUAUGAGAUGACCCUUGAGGCUACACAAUUCAGUUAUGUUUUCAGUUUUUGAUAUAUUGUAAGUAUUUAUCAACUUUGGGUA